AUGGUCUCCCUCACCGAGGUCCGCGCCUCCAAUGCCGCCCUGACCUCCUCCUCCGUCCCCAAAACAGCCCUCUUCGUAGGCGCCACUUCGGGCAUCGGAAAAUACACACUCACCGAGCUCGUCUCGCUCAACCUACCUAUAAAAUGCUACGUCGUCGGGCGCAAGGCCAGCGAGCCCGCAAUGCGCCCCGUUCUCGAGGCCCUGCGCCUCAAGAAUACGCAGGCAGAGCUCGUGUGGGUCGAGGCGGAGGUGUCGCUGCUCUCUGAAGUGAAGCGCGUAUGCGAGUUCAUCAAGGAGAACGAGGAGAGAUUGAUUUGCUAUACAGGUGAAGGCAUUGAAGUUACCCACGCGCUGCAGUACUACGGCCGCAUGCUCUUCACCCUCUCCCUCCUCCCGCUGCUCCGCGCCUCCCCGUCGCCGCGCGUGCUCACCGUGCUGGGCGGGAGUUUCCUCUCCACGAACCUCCUCGUCGACGACCUGGACCUCCGGAAGGCGGGCAACUUUGGCGGGAUGCGCUCGCAGACGCACAUGAGCAUCAUGAACACGCUCUUCCUGGACCGCCUAGCCUCCGACCCGGAGAAUGCCAAGAUUACGUUUGUGCAUAACUGGCCUGGGGCGGUGGACACGGGGAAUAUGGCCCGGUACCACGCGCCGAGCUGGCUGUCGCCGGCGCCGAUCCUUCUCAAAUUCUGCGAUGUCCAGCUUUUGACUGGUUUCGGGCUCCUAUUCAGCAGCUUCGUCGGCUUAACUUGCUACAUGUCGGCAUAUCACUGGCAGAUCAUUAGCUACCUAGCCUGGUUUUCAGCCCUUACGCAUGCCGCCUGCCUCACAGCCCUACGAGAGUACUUGUACCACCACCAAAUGGAGCGAAAUUUCCGCAUGAUUUUGAUGAUAAUCUUGCUGGUCGGCUUGAUCAUAGCCAUAUGGCCAACGGGGUAUUUCAACUGGGAUGCAAGACUUGUUGAGACGCAAGGCACCGCAAGCGUGCCCACUUCGAAUGCGCGUUGCUUCUUCAGCCAAAAGUCAAUUCAAUCCGCGUGGGAAGGUCGGCUUUGCGGGCAAAUAGGUGGAAGUGAUAAGUAUCAUUGCAAUUUCAAAGAGGACGAAUAUGGCAGGGAACUGAAGCCUUCAGCCACUACAGCCUACGACUCAUCCAUUUUGUCAAUAGUGCUGCUAAUAUUCAGCUUUUUCACUCGCUCGGUCAAAAUGUUCCGCGCGCUUUCAAAGAUGACCAAGAAAACUAUUCGACAGAAGCUUGGCCACUGGGCAGCGUCUUGUCUCACUGCCACGGCCAGACGCUAUCCCCAUUUCGGAACUACGGCAUUGCGACGGAAGCUCUUGUCCGUGUUUAGGCCUCUAGACGUGAUGGUUGCUCUAUAUCUGGUUGUCAAACUGUACCUGGAUGUGCUUCUGUCCGAAAUGUCAGAUAUCUUCUGGCUUCUCAUUUCCUCGCUCUGGGGUACAGCUCGUCUUUUUAUGGCGCGCGGCUCUGCCGACGUUCUCGGCGCGGAAAACGAGUGGGGCUUUGGUCAGGUUCUUGCCGUCUUCCUUCUAUUGGGUCCAAUCACGGCAGUUUGUUUAGCACUUUUCGCCACCAUCAGGAGACAAAGGAAGUCGAGGAAGAAGCUAGCUGGAGAACACGAGGACUCUAUCACACAUGCAGUGUCUCUACUUGCUUCAUAUCGAGCUGGUAACUAA